UUCUGUCCCUUCGUGCUGUUUCUCGUGUUAAGAAACUGUAAAUGCAGACUUUCUAUGCGUUUAUAAUAGGCCUAUCCAUAAUUUCACAUUGUAACGUCUGGUAUAAGUAUCUUGAAUGGUAGGUACUAGAUGUCCCUUUGAAAUUGAGAAGCGCUCGUGCGGUAUGUAAAACAACAACAACAAAAACGUUUUUGGGGGGAUGGUAAAAUACAUAGAAUUUUGAGAAAUAUAGCCAACUAGUUGAAUUACUUUCGUUGUAUUUUGAUAGAACGUAACUGUUUAUCUCUAGACUGUUUGAAGUGUAGUCAACUUCUGACCCCGGUAGCACGCGCGCAGACCUCAAGAUCUCUCUGCCAUUCAAAAGUGACUGAAACCUACUCGCCUUUCAGCCGCCUUCAGGCCAGGUGGUGAGGUGGUAAAUCUGUGUUUUAUCCCUCGAACUUUCAGGUGCUGACUGCCACUUUGCGAUCAUCGCCCACCCGGCUAUUCUGCCAGGCUGUGUUGCAUCAGUAUCCAACACAGAGACGCAUCCUCCUAUCUGCUGCGUAACAGGCGGCCCUGGUCCCCCCUCAACCUGCCCCCUGCGCUAUGAGCAGAGGACGAGGAGGGCCCCCCAUAGAGCAUUACCACCGACCCCCUCUUCCCCAACUGCAGGCUAAGCAACAAUACUACAGAGCUGGACCCCUGGGAUUUCACCCCAGAGCCCCUCCGCAACAGGCCCCACACCCAAACGUCCAUUCAUACCUAGGCCCAGUCCCCCCUCUAGUACCACCCAGUGCCCACUCUCAGCCUCUCUACCCCUCCGCCCCUCCCCCACCCGGUCACAGCCCAGCCCUGAGUCAGCAGAGCUCUUGUCCCAGUGGUCCUAACUCCUUCAGGCAGCAGCAGGUCCACUUCCUGAGGGGACAGAACACUGAGGCUCCCCAGUUUAGGGUGAGCCCCAGAGGGGCGCAGAGCUUGGGUCGAGGGGGACCGAACGGACUCUAUAACGAAUCAAACCAGGCCCAGGCAGGGUACAGCAGAUACUCCCAAAACAGCUCUAGGGGGAGAGGGGGAUACAGCAGCGAGCGAGGCAGAGGGAACGGUAGGGACUUCGGGUACCCACCCAGUCAAGGACCCCCUAGAGGACCAACCGGCCCUAGAUUCUGGAACCAGAAGCAGACUUCAACCCAAAAGCAAGGCUUCAACAGACAGUGGAGCCUUCAUGCAGACUGUGCUGACGGGCCGUCAUUCUCAGAAGGCUUUCAGAGUUUAUCCUUAGACAGAGAGAGGUCCUACAGAGGAAGAGUUGACAGAGGCGACAGCUUUGACAAAGCUUCUGUCUGUAGUAGUAAUAAUUCAAACAACAAGAGUGCCCCUACGUUUCAGCCACCCGACAUCCGAGAGCAAGUUUUGCAAGCCUUGGCAGAUUUGAACCCCGGUGAGAAGCUACAAGCAAAGUGUUUGGCCAAAACGCUGCGGUGCCCCAAAAAGUUUAUCAACCAGGCCCUUUACGGUCUCGAGCGUGAUAAGAAAGCUUCAAAACACGGUGAAAGUCCUCCAGAGUGGACUGUCUACGUAGAACCACAGGAAGAACCGGAAAGUAGAGAUUCUGAUCCGGAAAGCCCACGUUCCCAACCGAGGGAACAUUCUGUGGAGUCACAGGAAAGGCCUUCAGAAGAAGAUUGCUCUCACUUCCUGUCUGUGAAGGAGGAGGACGUGGUCAUCGAGGCUGAGAUCCAGCAAAUUGAAGCGAAGGGUCCUGAGGGCGACAAAGAAGAAGAUUACUACGUAGAAUCCGAUUCACACUCCUCUUCCUCAGAAUCAUCUGAGUCAUAUCGGCAACAUUCCCAGUCCCAAACCCAACAACCCAGUAUCAACAGCAGCAGUAACGAAGAGCUUGACCUAGACCUUGACGAGAGCGCCAUGGCGGACUGCGGCAGUAAUCAGAAGGAGUUGAUCCUGCAGUAUCUGCUGGAGGCAGGGGAGGCCACGGCCCUGGUGAUCUCCAAGAACCUGGGCCUGAGGGGCGCCAAGCAGGUCAACCCCACCCUGUACGCCAUGGAGAAGCAGGGCGACGUGAGCCGCAACGCAGAGGUGACCCCUCACAUCUGGGAGCUAUCUGUCCAUCGCAGGGAGAGGAUGGAGAGGAGCCUCAAGGCCGAGCGCAGCGCCCCUGCAAAGGUCGAAGGAAUGGGGUCCGGAUUCCAGGCGGUGCCACCCGGAUUGGAGUGUCUAGAGGCCAACGCUGAGGCGGAGGAUGAGUCGAACGGAGGGCAGUGGGCGACCGACGAUAUCCCCGAAUUCCUCAACGCCAUCAGCCGGGAUGGAGGGGGGACAGUAGCAGUCUCCCUGGCAGCGCCCCCACCUCAGAACCUCCGUGCCAAACUCCAGGAGGUGAGGGCCAAGAACCCCGUCAGCGGCCUGAUGGAGUUUGCCCAGUACCAGGGACACAAUUGCGAGUUCCUGCUCCUCGACCAAUCAGGGCCCUCACAUGACCCCAGAUUCCGUAUGCAGGUCAUGCUGGACGGCAGGUUGUUUCCUGUUGCUGAGGCAUCUAAUAAAAAGGUGGCUAAGAAAGAUGCUGCCGCAGCAACCCUGAGGAUUCUGCUGCGUGAGAUAGAGGGGGGAGGGGCUGAGGAGGGGCUCACUGCAGGGGUGGACCAGGCCAUGGACCCCACCUCUGACGUCCCUGAGGUAGUGGAGGGUCCGCCCCAGGCCCUGUCCCGUUCCCUGCCGGGGGGUAAGAACCCCGUGUCCAUGCUGAUGGAGUACAGUCAGCGCACUGGAAACCCCAUCGAGUUCAUCAACACUGGACAGGAGGGCCCACCUCACGACCCACGGUUCAUGUUCAGGGUGAAGAUAGGGGAAAGCCUGUGUGCUGAGAGCUCAGCACCCAGUAAGAAGGCUGCCAGGCAGCUGGCUGCAGAGGAGGCAGUCAAGGAGUUAAUGGGCGACGGGAGACUGCAGCUCAACAAGCCCCAGUUUCCCCUGUGUCUGUCUGGUGAUGAAGGGGGCUUCAUGCCCGCUUGCCCCUCCCUGCCCCCGCUGACAGAGGAGGAGCUGCGUUCUGCCCACGAGGCGGGGGUUGGUGACCUCAUCAGCCACCUAAACAACAACGCCGUGUCAGGCCUGCUGGAGUACGCCCGGGCCAGGGGCUUCGCUGCAGAGAUACGACUGGUCGGGCAGUCAGGACCACCGCACGAGCCCAAGUUUACCUACCAGGCUAAGCUAGGGGGCCGCUGGUUCCCUCCUGUCUGUGCUUCCAAUAAGAAGCAAGGGAAACAGGAAGCAGCUGAUGCAGCUCUGAGGGUUCUGAUUGGAGAGGCAGAGAAGGCUGCCCGCACCGGGGAACUGACCCCUGCCGAGCUGCCACUGAGUGGUGGGACAAUCCAUGACCAGAUCGCCAUGUUGAGUCACCAGCGCUUCAACGCCCUCACCACACGCAUACAGCACAGUCUUCUGGGAAGGAAGAUCCUCGCCACCGUUGUCAUGAAGAGGGGGGAAGGGCUGGGGACCGUGGUCAGCCUGGGAACAGGAAAUCGCUGUGUUAAAGGGGAGGAGCUGAGUCUUAAAGGGGACACCGUUAAUGACUGCCACGCAGAAAUCAUCUCCAGGAGAGGAUUUAUCAGGUUUCUGUAUGCUGAGUUGCUGAAGCACUGUGAAGGAUCAGAGGACAGCAUAUUUGAGCCAGCUGAGGAGAACAAGCUCCGGAUCAAACCUGACACCACCUUCCACCUCUAUAUCAGUACUGCUCCGUGCGGAGACGGGGCGUUGUUUGAUAAGUCGUGCAGCGAGGACGCGGGGGACGGCCAGGGCCACCAGCCCCUGUUUGAGAACGCCAAGCAGGGCAAGCUGCGCACCAAGGUGGAGAAUGGUGAGGGCACCAUCCCGGUAGAGUCAUCGACCAUCGUGCCCACCUGGGACGGCAUCCAGCACGGCGAGCGUCUGAGGACCAUGAGCUGCAGCGACAAGAUCCUUCGCUGGAACGUCCUGGGUCUGCAGGGAGCCCUGCUCUCCAACUUUCUCCAUCCUAUCUACCUGGCUUCAAUCACCUUGGGCUACCUGUACAGCCAUGGCCACCUGACACGUGCUGUCUGCUGCCGAUUGGCCAGAGACGGCGAAGCCUUCUCCAAGAGUCUACCUGCUCCCUACACACUCAACCACCCCGAGGUGGGCAGGGUGAGUGUGUAUGACUCGACGCGUCACACAGGGAAGACCAAGGAGUCCAGCGUGAACUGGAGCCAGCCAGACCACAUCACUGUGGAGGUGCUGGAUGGGACCAAGGGCAAACUGGACGGGUACGCACCCCGCACCACAACUAGAACCAGACCCUCAGACCUCAUCCACCCUCAUCCAGAUAGCAGCACCAGCCCCAAACUGGACGUGUCGCGGGUCUCCAAGUCCAACAUCUUCCGGCAAUUCCGGUCUUUAUGCCAACAGUGCGGGCGCCAGGACCUGCUGGCUCUCCCGUCUUACGCCCAAGCCAAGAUGGCCGCCAUGUCCUUCCAGGUCGCCAAGCAGCAGUUCUUCGAUGCGCUCGGUAGCCAUGGUUACGGAGCCUGGAUUGGCAAGCCAUUGGAGGAGAAGAGCUUUGACGAAGCGCCGGCCUCCGAUGGCCAUGGGGCAGGAAGUGUUGCUAAUAGCAACCAGGGAUACAACAACAACAAUAGCUAUGGAAGCACAACCACUGACUAUAACAGCAGCCAGUGGGGUAGUAGUGCGUACACACAGGCCAUGUAGAAGGGAGGGAAGGGGAUAACAGGCCAGCCCAAGGGGUGAGGGUCAGACAGAGUUACUGAGAUGGAGGGAGGGAAGGGGAUAACAGGCUAGCCCAAGGGGUGAGGGUCAGACAGAGUUACUGAGAUGGAGGGAGGGAAGGGGAUAACAGGCCAGCCCAAGGGGUGAGGGUCAGACAGCAGCAAGAGAGAUGGAGAGAGAAGGGGUUGCUACUGCUACACAAAACUAACAGAAUAUAGAAAGAGAGGGGAGAAUAGGGGGCUUAGUCAUCAUGUUUACUAUGUGAUGUAGUGGCAUUCAGAGCUGCAUAGCAUGCACUACUGCUCCACUGUAACAGUAGCCCCAGUACACUCUAUCUUCACAUUUACAUACAGGGAAAACCCUCCCUGCCCUUCUCAUACGCACACAGCCCUGUCUCUCUAGUUCAGACACCCUACACCUGACCCUGUCCUACUCGCCAGCCAGCCAUUCAAUCACGCAUGACUAGUUUAAUCUGUACUUAUCGGCCUGAGCAUGGAUAGUAGUGAUCACACUUUAUUUAUAUAUAAACCAGCCUUGUAACGUUUAGCUACUCCCCGACCUAGUAACCCACCCCUUUACACUGUUGUUAAUGCUAUGGCUACGUCUACAGGUCACAGCCUGCUCCAUCCCAUAACUCUUGACUGUAACAUAGAUUUGAUGAUGACUAACUAGCCUAGAUCAUAAUUCUUCUGUUAUUGUUGUGUCCUAUGUUGUGUGUAUCGCUAUUGUUCUUGAGUUUUUUGGUGUUGUCACUCGAGGGCCACGUCAGAAAGGACAACGGUGACGUUGAGAACUGCUGAGAACAAGUAAAUCAGCUACUUGUUCUCAUUUUAGGAUUCAUGUUAGGGGGGGGUCAAAGUUCAGGUUAGGAUAAGUGAUUACUCGUAGUUGUGAUAAAAAAGAGAAGAAGAGAAAGGCUUUGCACUCUUGUCCUUCCUAGCGUGGCCAGAAUGUGGCCGGCGGGUUUUAUGCGGACAGGGAGAAAGACUGGUUUGUUUUUAUGUUUUAGUUCAGUCUGAUCAAAUACAUUCAAGGGUGAAGCAAUAUAUACAUCAUGUACAUACAAAUACAUAAAUACACAGAUGUAUAUGCAAUAACAAUGUUUGUGUAGGGUAUGUAUAUAUCUCUGUGUGUGUAUGUAUAUGUAUAUAUUAUGUAUAUAUUUUGUAAGUCAUGCCUAAAAUUGAUUUUCUAUUGACAAUUUUUUUGAAACGUUUUAACAAGUUAACAAGACAAAUUUGUUUAAAUUUUUUUUUUUUUUAUGGAUGGAAAUUCUGUCAAGUUUUAAGUGAUUAUAAAGACCGGCUUUGUAAAAGCU